AUGGCGUCGUGGUACAAGGACUUGCUCACCAACGCCUCGUCCUACACCACCAAGCUCCAGCGCACCUACUUUGGCGGCGAGUCCGACGGCGAAACGGAAGACGACACGCUUGUUUGCCGCGUCCUGCGCGCCUACUACUCGGAAAAGGGCCAGCCGCUGCCGGGCUGGCUGCCGCCGGACCCGAAGGUGCCGCCGCCGCAGCAGCCCGUGUUCGCCUCGCAGCCACAGCCGCAACUGGGGGCCAGCGGUAGCCAGCAGAGGCAGGGGCAGCCGGGGCAGUUCGUGAACAGUAGGAAUCCGUUCGCUGGUGGUGGUGUUGAUGGACAGCGGCCGGGGAUGGGCGGGCAGAGGACGGGAAGUUUGCCUGGCGGCGGGAGGGGUGACGCGGUCAGUAGUCCGGCGGGCGGCGGGCGGUCGAGCGCGCAGGAAAUGCUGAAGCAGAGGCUCUGGGGCGGUGCGAGGACGGCGAGUCCCAAUUCGGGGGGCCCGUUCCAGCCGCCUGUUCAGCAACAGCAGCAGCAGCAGCCGCCGGCGUCGGCGCAGCAGUCUGGGAAUCGAUGGGGUUGGGGGAGCGGCGGGAAUAGCGGGGGCGGCGGUGAUGUUGGGUAUGGAGCCCAGCCCGGGAGACGCAACGACCGACCUGUUAUGAGCGCGAAUGCGCCGUGGGCGGAUGGAGGGUUUGACUAUCCGGGCGGAGGAGGAGGAGGAGACAUCGCACCAAUGUUAAACACCAGGAUCGCUCAUCCAGCUGUUGGGUCGUCGUACGACUUCGCGAAACGCCAGGCGUCCUUUGCUGGACAAUACAGAGUGUCAUUCACUUCCAUCGAUGAUUACCAGUGAGGUUCCAGGCCGAUAGCGCCAGGAUCAAAGCAUUGACGUGCGGUCGCAAAUACCUCGGCGCUCAAAUACCUUAGUCUCGUGUCUGGCUGGCUCUGGUAGGGACCUUGACACGGAGGGGUUGCAGGAUAAAUGCGCCUACCAUCAGUCGACUUUGUCCAGGCGGCGGUGUGUGAGAUGGUCUCCAAGGAGACAUCACAGUAGAGUGUGUUUGCCUCUCGUGGCUCCUCGGAAGAUGACGACAAGUCUUGUCGGUACGCGCGUCGAAGGCGAACUGAAUCUGGUAUACCGUAC